ACGCUAAGCAACCCUUUUUACAGUUCAGGUGUCACACUGACCCAUACGGACACUUAUUUGGCUUCAAAAUAUCCGCAUGCGUGUAGAUGGAUGCUACUCAAACGAUGUACUCAUCAUUGCGCUAUUGCGUGGAAACAGAAUCUUACAGAAAACUAUACAUAGAAAAGAUCGGCGGUUCUAUGCAAUCUGAUUGGCUGCAUGAAAUAUUAUGUAAAUAUAUUCAAUGCCAUUGGUGCAGCCAAAAGCCUAGCCUCCUUUCCACCCAAUGGGAUAUGCAGCCAGGGUGUGUGGGAGGGUGCUUCUCAGACAAUCUUGCAGCGACAAUUUACACAUUUUACAAUAUGUACAAUCAUUGAAGUUUACAAGCAUACAAGUUGAUUUCGAUCACGACUGACAAGAGCGCAUCCAAUGAAUGCUUGAUGCAUUCAAGUGCAGUGGGAAAUUAAAUUGCUUUUGGUUUAAAGGCCAGUGUGAGUUUAACAUGCUAGCGGUGUUUUGCAUCAAUUUUGAGUAUAUUUACUAUUUAGGGCCCUUCCUUCUGCAGUGCUAACGUUCUUCUUAUCAUUAUCGAUGUCCAAGGUAGCAACACCACUGUAAUCAUAUGACGUUGGCCACUACAUUUAACUCGAAUCAAAUUUGCGCCUGUCGAGGAGCGAUAUCCUGUGAUAUACCUUUUUCUGCAUUCUGCAAUCGCUCACUUGUCCGUAUGAGUCAGUGUGACACCUGAACUGUAAGAAGGGUUGCUUAGUGUAACCUUCAUAUUCUGGACAAUCGCAGGGACCUAUUGCGUCGCUUCGGCUUCGCAUAUACUAAAAUUGGAACGAUACAGAGAAGAUUAGCAUGGCCCCUGCGCAAGGAUGACACGCAAAUUCGUGAAGCGUUCCUCAUUUUUUUAUUUUGCCAUAAACGGGAAACAGAAAUCCAAGAAUAAUCUUUAUCGUUUAAUGGACACCGAACCGCCAAAGGGAAGGAGUAUGCUGCUCUCUAGUGGAUGUGUUGAGCGUUGCAGUAUUUACCCGGAUUGAAGGUUUGGGUGGGAUUAACGCCACAGGUGGCAACCGUGUGCAGGAGAAUGUUUCAACCAAUAUGAAGCACCCUCUUGAAACGUAUCCAAUGGAGCCACAAGGUGGCAGGCAUGCAAAGGACAAUGUUUCAAUGACUUUUGGAGAUAUCGAUGACGCUGUUCCAACUACGUCCCACCGCCCGGACCCCUUGUCUCCAUGCACACCGCGCCACGCUGUUACAGACGUCACUUUCCAGGAUGGACUUCAUUGCCUGUCACGCACAUGCACACUAAUGAACGGCAAGACACGCACCAUGAGGUCAGUGUAUUUGUUCUCGUGCGUACUGCUGGGCCUGGCGGAUUCUGAGUAUGUGGUGUCGCUGACUCAACCCUUUGGAAGCUUCCAGUCACCACACUUCCCAGCCACAUAUCCCGACGACACGUGCCAUCGCUGGGAAAUCCGUGUUCUCGACGGUUUCCGUGUCCAACUGGACUUCAGCCAUUUUGACCUGGAACCUUCUGACUUGUGCCAGUGCGACUACGUCAGGGUGGAGGCUGGUGGCAGGGCCUUGGAUGGGGGCGGGGCUUCCAUCCUGGGCAUAUUCUGUGGCAGUGAGUCUCUGGAUCCGGAGAGCGUUCCGGGUCCCGAAGCGCUCAGCACUCCUGGCAACGUCGUCAGCAUCGUCUUCUCAUCCGACUUCUCCAACCCGCAAAACUUCUCCGGCUUCCAAGCGCACUACAGUGCAAUCGAUGUGGACGAGUGCGCGGAGGGUGUGGACGAAGACGUCGCCUGCGACCACCUGUGUCACAACUAUGUGGGCGGCUUCUACUGCUCCUGUCGCCAUGGUUACAUGUUGCACCCUGACAAACGCACGUGCACAGUUGAGUGUAGUGACCUAGUGUUUUCUGAGCGUGUGGGUUCCCUGAGCAGCCCCAAUUUUCCAUCACCAUACCCAAAAAGAACUGAGUGCUCUUAUAUUAUCCGGGUGGCGCCGGGACUCAAGCUUCGCCUCCACUUUGAUGAUAUGUUUGACGUGGAGGAUCACCCGGAAGCCCUCUGUCCCUAUGACUACCUCAAGAUCCGAGCGGCGCCUAAAGAGUUUGGGCCGUUUUGCGGUGGUCAGUCUCCUGGUGUCAUCCAGACCGACACCAACGUCGUUAUUAUCUUGUUUCACAGCGACCACUCAGGAGAAAACGUUGGAUGGAGGAUGACGUACACCUCCGAGGGAAGUCCAUGUGCAUCUCCAGUGCAUCCAACCAACGUUACGGUGAGCCCGCUCCAGCUCGAGUACUCGGCUGGGGACCGCGUUCGGGUCUCGUGUUCUCCAGGCUUCAUGAUCAUCAAGGAUGGUGAGCGCGUGGAUGGAGACUUUGAGAUGCUCUGUCAGGAAGAUGGCACCUGGGAUACCGCACUUCCUGUCUGUCAAAGUAAAAAUGAGUUUGGCUGCGGCCCAAACAAUCUGAGUGUUAACACUGCGGGAGGGGUGGAGCUUCCAUCCUGUGUGCCGGCCUGCGGCCGUCCGUCACGUCCGCUGGCCGUCCAGGUGAAGCGCAUAGUCGGCGGUCGCGCUGCAGAGCCGGGGAACUUCCCUUGGCAGGUUCUGCUGAGUGUGGAGGACACCAGCCGUGUCCCGUCGGAGCGCUGGUUCGGCUCGGGUGCCCUGUUGUCGGACACGUGGAUCCUGACUGCCGCCCAUGUUGUGCGCUCUCGCCGCCGCGAUGCCCAGGUGGUCCCUGUGGCCCCCGAACACAUCAAGGUGGUGGCGGGUGCAGUGGACGUGCGGGACAAGCAGGCAUUAGCCGUCCUUUCCGUGUCUCAGGUGCUGGUCCAUCCCGAGUUCCGACCCAGUGACUUUGACAAUGACAUCGCCUUGCUGAAGCUGAGUGUCAAGGUGGAGCUGAACCACGAUGUCCAUCCCGUCUGCCUGCCGUCGCCACCACAGGAUGACGCCACCUCUCCCCCACCCCACUCUCUAGGCGUAGUCGCUGGGUGGGGGGUGUCGCACCCAGACGUUACCUCCGACCUGCUGCAGUUUGUUCGUCUGCCGGUGGUCCCGCAGGAUGAGUGUCGCGCCAGCUACGCAGCCCGCACGGGAAGCUACAACGUCAGCGACAACAUGUUCUGCGCUGGCUUCUACGAGGGUGGCCGCGACACCUGCCUGGGCGACAGCGGGGGCGGCUUUGUGGCUGAGAACCCCGUCACCCGGCAGUGGGCCGUGUAUGGCCUGGUGUCGUGGGCAGGUCCCGAGGAAUGCGGCAGCCGGAGGGUGUAUGGCGUCUACACUCGCGUCAACAAAUACCUGAGAUGGAUACAGCAGCACCUCCUGGUAUUCCCGUGAUGAUGUCACACGCAGCAUACGAUUCUAGCACACCUAUAGUCUAAAUAUAGAUAACACUGUGGUUUACUUAUACCUAGCCAUAGUCAAAUUAUAACGAAUGCUGUGGAUAACACGUCAUGUAGGUAACAGCAUCACAUGCUAAGUCCUAACUACACAAUCUAAAAUCAGCAAGGCUAUGCACAUUAGUCAAAGUAGAAAUAUCAUGCUUACAAAUCCUUCCUUUUUACAUUUUACUCAUUCAGUUGUGGUCUAUAUAAAGUGAAACAGCCAAGCUUUUGUCUGAUUUCCUCGCCUUUAUAGCAUCACAGGCCCCUCUUUACUUUUCUUCAUGUUCUGAGGAGCUGCUCAGAGCAAGCCAUUUUGGUGCGCUCUUUAAGUGCAAAUGAGAUACUUCACACCCCACUCC